AUGUCGGGCCCUCGUGGCCCCGGCGAGCAGUGGCCGGCUCUGGAGUCGGUGGGGCUGAGCCGCAAGGAGCUGGCGCUGGCCGAGGCGCUGCAGAUGGAAUACGACGCCUUAUCCCGACUGCGCCAGGACAAGGAGGAGAGCAGGGCCAGGAAGGAGCAGCUCCAGGAGCGUCCCCUCAUCUCCUGGGAUGACCCCGCGGACAGGAAUGGCUGUGCCGGCAUCAAAGCCACGCGGGCGCUCUCGGGCUCCGACCCCACACUCAGCUACAACGGCCCCGCUGUCCCCGAGGGUCCCCAAGUGCCACCAGGACCCAGCUCGGAGUCACAGCCGUGGCAGAAGGGUCCCCUGAGCGGGGAUUACCUGUUCAUCCUGGAGGGCUCCCAGCGGGAUUUCCUCGGGGAAUCCCUCAAUGGUUCCCAGCCCCACAACGGCAGCGGAUCCCCCAAAAAGCUCUCGCCGCCCCCGCUGCCCCCCCGGCACCCGCUGUGGGGCUGUCCCGAGGGUGGCCAGCGCUCGGGGAAGGCGUCCCCGCUGUCCCCCAAGGGCCAGGGCCAGCCCAGGGACAUCAACAUGUUCUCGGUGGCUCAGGACAAGCUUUUGGGGCGCCGCAUCUCCCAGGAGGAUCCCUACGGCGUGGACGCCAUCACCUGCCUCAACCUCAAAUCCACCUACGAGUCCCAGGUGCUGCUGGAAAAUUCCCGGGGCUGGAAGGAAGGCAGGAGCAUCCUGGAGAAGGAAUCCAGCGGGAAGCCGGUGGCACGGAGCAAAACCAUGCCCCCCCAGGUGCCCCCGCGCACCUGCGGAGCCCGAGCGGGCAACAGGAAAAACCUGGCGGGCAACAGGAACCGCAGGAUCUCCGUGGAGCCGGUGGCCCCCCGGCAGCACUCCCUGGCCAAUGGCUACGAGCUCUUUGAGGUGUCCGAGGAGCGGGAUGAGGAGGUGGCCGCCUUCUGUCACAUGCUGGAUGUCAAACACGCUCUGGGCAGCCACGAGCACAUCCAGCACUGCAGGAAAUUCGACAUCGACAUCCGGCUGCAGCUGCUGCGGAGGAAGGCAGCGCGCAGUGAGCUGGAUCCAAAUGUUCUGGCCAAGAGGGAAAAUCGAGAGAGGAUCGUGGAGAGCCUCACGGCCGCCAUCCUCAACCUGGUGGAGCUCUACUGCAGCACCUUCAACGCCGAUUUCCAGACGGCCGCUCCCGGCAGCCGCGAGUUGGGAGCGGCGCAGGAGGCGCGGCUGCUCAGCUGCCCCCUGUCCUUCACCGUGUACGCCACCCACCGCAUCCCCAUCACCUGGGCCGCCAGUUAUGAAGAUUUCUACCUCUCGUGCUCCCUCAGCCACGGCGGGAAGGAGCUGUGCAGCCCCCUGCUCACCAGGAAGGCCCACGUCUACAAAUACCUCUUCCACCUCAUCAUUUGGGACCAGCAGAUCUGCUUCCCAGUCCAGGUGAACCGGCUGCCCAGGGAGACCCUGCUCAGUGUCACCCUCUUUGCCGUGCCCGUGCCACCCCCGGGCAGCUCCUCUGACACCAACAAGCAACGCCGGGUCCCCGAGGCCCUGGGCUGGGUCACCACCCCCCUCUUCAACUUCAGGCAGGUCCUGACCUGCGGGCGGAAGCUCCUGGGCUUGUGGCCGGCGACUCAGGACAACUCCAGGGCCAGGUCGAGCGCCCCAAACUUCAACCAGCCCGACAGCGUCAUCCUGCAGAUCGAUUUCCCCACCUCGGCCUUCGAGGUGAAGUUCACCAACCCGCCCGCGGCCGAGAGCAGCCCCAGGUACGAGUUCGGCAGCCUGGGGGAGGAGGACCAGCGCCAGCUGCGGGAGGCCAUGCAGAAAAAAUCCCUUUAUUGGCUGACGGACGCGGACCGGCAGCGGCUGUGGGAGAAGCGCUGCCACUGCCACGAGUCCCCCGGCGCCCUGCCCAUGCUGCUGGCCAGUGCCCCCAGCUGGGACUGGGGCUGCCUGCCCGACAUCUACGCCCUGCUCAGCCACUGGAGCUCCAUGAGCCACCAGGACGCCCUGGGGCUGCUGCACGCCACGUUCCCUGACCAGGAGGUGAGGAGGACGGCCGUGCAGUGGAUCGAUUCCAUCUCGGACACGGAGCUGCUGGAUUACCUGCCCCAGCUGGUCCAGGCCCUGAAGUACGAGUGCUACCUGGACAGUCCCCUGGUGCGCUUCCUCAUGAAGAGAGCCAUCUGUGACCUGAAGGUCACCCACUACUUCUUCUGGCUGCUGAAGGAUGGCCUCAAGGACUCGCAGUUCAGUAUCCGGUACCAGUACCUGCUGGCAGCGCUGCUGUGCUGCUGCGGGAAGGGGCUGCGUGAGGAAUUCGACCGGCAGUGCCUGCUGGUCAGCACGCUGGCCCGGCUGGCACAGCAGGUCCGGGACGCCGCCCCAUCCGCCCGCCAGGGGAUCCUGCGGGAGGGGCUGGAGGACGUGGCUCAGUUCUUCAAGGCCCACGGCUCGUGCCGGCUGCCGCUCAGCCCCAGCCUGCUGGUCAAGGGCAUCGUGCCCCGGGACUGCUCCUACUUCAACUCCAACGCCGUCCCGCUGAAGCUCUCCUUCCAGAACGUGGAUCCUCUCGGGGAGAACAUCCGCGUCAUCUUCAAGUGUGGCGAUGACCUGCGGCAGGACAUGCUGACGCUGCAGAUGAUCCGCAUCAUGAACAAGAUCUGGGUGCAGGAGGGGCUGGACAUGCGCAUGGUCAUCUUCCGCUGCUUCUCCACCGGCCGUGGGCGAGGCAUGGUGGAGAUGAUCCCCAACGCCGAGACCCUGAGGAAGAUCCAGGUGGAGCACGGCGUCACCGGCUCCUUCAAGGACCGGCCGCUGGCAGACUGGCUGCAGAAACACAACCCCAAGGAGGACGAGUACGAGAAGGCCGUGGAGAAUUUCAUCUAUUCCUGUGCCGGCUGCUGCGUGGCCACCUACGUGCUGGGCAUCUGUGACAGGCACAACGACAACAUCAUGCUCAAGACCACGGGCCACAUGUUCCACAUCGAUUUUGGCAGGUUCCUGGGCCACGCCCAGAUGUUCGGCAACAUCAAGAGGGACCGGGCGCCGUUUGUCUUCACCUCGGACAUGGCGUACGUCAUCAACGGCGGGGACAAACCCUCCAGCCGCUUCCACGACUUCGUGGACCUGUGCUGCCAGGCCUACAACCUGAUCCGCAAGCACACCCACCUCUUCCUCAACCUGCUGGGGCUGAUGCUGUCCUGUGGCAUCCCCGAGCUCUCCGACCUGGAGGACCUCAAGUACGUCUACGACGCGCUGAGGCCGCAGGACUCCGAUGCCGAUGCCACCACCUACUUCACCAGGUUGAUCGAGUCCAGCCUGGGCAGCGUGGCCACCAAGCUCAACUUCUUCAUCCACAACCUGGCGCAGAUGAAGUUCACGGGCUCGGAGGCGCGGCCCUCGCUGUCCUUCGCGCCCCGCACGCACACCCUCAAAACGUCCGGCCGGAUCCGCGACGUCUUCCUGUGCCGCCACGAGCGGGUCUUCAACCCCAGCAAGGGCUACACCUACGUGGUGAAGGUGCAGAGGGACAACCCGGGCGACGUGACCUUCGUGCAGCGCACCUUCGAGGAGUUCCAGGAGCUGCACAACAAACUGCGCCUCCUCUUCCCCUCCUCGCUGCUGCCCAGCUUCCCCAGCAGGUUUGUCAUCGGGCGCUCGCGGGGCGAGGCGGUGGCCGAGCGGCGCAAGGAGGAGCUCAAUGGCUACAUCUGGCACCUGAUCCACGCCGCCCCCGAGGUGGCAGAGUGUGACCUCAUCUACACCUUCUUCCACCCCCUGCCCCGGGAUGAGAAGGCGGCCGGAACCAACCCGAGCCCGAAGCCAGCAGACGCCACGUGGGCUCGAUCCCUGGGCAAGGUCGGCGGGGAGGUGAAACUCUCCAUCUCCUACAAGAACAACAAGCUCUUCAUCAUGGUGAUGCACAUCCGAGGGCUGCCACCCCUGCAGGACGGCAACGACCCCGACCCCUACGUCAAAACCUACCUGCUGCCCGACCCCCAAAAAACCACCAAGAGGAAAACCAAAGUGGCCCGAAAAACCUGCAACCCCACCUACAACGAGAUGCUGGUGUACGACGGGAUCCCCCGGGGGGACCUGGAGCAGCGGGAGCUGCGGCUGAGCGUGCUGAGCGAGGAAGGAUUUUGGGAGAACAUCCUGCUGGGGGAGGUGGGAAUUCGCCUCCGUGACCUGGACCUGGCCCAGGAGAAGAUGGGCUGGUUCGCCCUGGGAUCUCGUGGCCACGGCACCCUCUGAGUGCCCCCUGGGGACCCCCGGGUGUGUCCCCAAAAGGGCG